AAACUCGAAUAAUAUUUCUUUUAAUAUUACAAAUGAUUUCAUGCUUGAUUUUGGCAAAUCACGUAACAGUUAGGUAUUUAUAAACAGUCUCCGGUUAGUCAUCCGAGGGGUAGGUUUGGUACUGUAGACUUCGAAGAAAUGCCUCUCAAAAACGUCCCAAAAUGCUUGACGCCCGAUCUUUUGCAUGCAUUGGCUUCUAUGGGACAUGGAGAUGAAAUUAUGUUAGCCGAUGCCCAUUCUCCUUCCUCCUCUUUAUGCAAGAGUGGUCCGAUUGAAGUUAGAGCGGAUGGUAAGGACCAAUCUACAUGUAUAUUGAAUGUACAAAUUCAAACUAUCAAGCUUAACCUGCCCUGCAUGCAGCCGGGGAUUUUUUUGGAGAGAAUGAUUUCUUUUGAAGGAUUUGAUAUCCCUACUCUUCUAGAUGGAAUCCUACAGUUACUUCCCUUGGAUACCUACGUUAAAUUUCCAGUAGCUCUAAUGGAUCCAGUCCAAAGUGACAAGGACAGCCACAUCCAGAUCCCAGUGUGGGACAAGUACAGGGAGAUUAUCAAUAAACAGGAGGGGCCACACGUGCAAAUUGAGCAUGUUGAAAGAUCUGCAUUUUAUGACCGAGCAAAGAAAGCCUAUGCAAUUGUUCACACCGGGUAAUGUCAGGUUUAGAUAAUUCCACACCGGAGAAAUGGCCAAGUAUGGAAACAUUAUUUUGAAGAAGGGGUUGGCUCUCUGACCCCCUUGGAAGAGAUGCAUCAUUGCUGAAUCUGUGUUGUGAUAACCUGUCAUUGGAAAUUUUUCUUUUUUCAUUUAUAUGUGUGAUUUUACAGUUUAUUAAAUUCACAUUCUUGGAUUACAUAACCGGUAACAACACAUUUACCUGAUUGCUUUUUAUGAAAACUUAUUUACUACUGAAACAUGUAUUAACAAAUGUUACGCAAAUAAAGAAACAAAAC